CUAUAAAACCGCAGGACUAUAAUAAUUAUUUAACUGAAAGCGGUAAAUAUUGACUAAUGACAAAUAAUGCAUUGCAUUUUUUUAGUUUACUGUCUGCUGAUAGCGCAACUAGAGGCCAAAUGCAAAAAAUGCUUCCCCCCGGAUUUCAUUUGGGGCGUCUCAAGUUCCGCUUACCAAGUGGAAGGGGCGUGGAAUACCAGCGGAAAAGGUGAAAACAUUUGGGAUUGGUACACUCACACUUACCCGGAGAAAAUUGCCGACGGUAACAACGGGGAUAUAGCCACGGAUUCUUACGGGAAAUGGCGGGAAGAUGUCGAACUGGUUCGGGACCUCGGGGUCGGCUUUUACCGGUUUUCUUUAUCCUGGGCCAGGAUCUUACCGGACGGUACUACCGGCUACGUUAACCAGGCAGGAGUAGAUUAUUACUUGAAUAUCAUUAAAGCGCUGAAAGAGCACCACAUUGAACCACUGGUGACGAUUUACCAUUGGGACCUGCCGCUUACCCUGUUGCACCAGGGAGGGUGGCUAAAUAAAACAAUGGCCGACCGGUUCGCCGAGUACGCCACCCUCUGUUUCGAACUGUUCGGCCCUUACGUCAAACAUUGGGUGACGGUUAACGAGCCGUACAUCCACUGUUAUAACGCUUACGGUACCGGAUUGCAUGCCCCCGGGGUGAACGAGUCCGGUACUGCCACUUAUAAGUGUUUGUACACGUGCGCACUCGCCCACGCCAAGGCCUACAGGGUGUACCAGGGGCGGUUUAAGGAGCAACAAAAUGGGCAAGUCGGGCCUGUUUUGGCAUGUUCUUGGUUUGCGCCGUUGACCAAUAGUACCGAGGACGUUCUUACCGCUGAAAACGCGCUUCUGUGGGACCUUGGCCUAGUGGCUGAUCCUUUGGUGCACGGAAACUGGCCUCAAACAACCAUAGACCGGAUAGGAAACUUGAGUAGUUUGCAAGGAUUUAACUCAUCCAGACUGCCAGAGUUUAGUGAUAAAGAAAAGUUAUUAAUGAAAGGAUCCUAUGACUUUUUGGCACUGAAUUACUACACCACCGAUAUAGUAACUCCGAUCCCAAACGUCUCCUCCAUAGAGCUGACAACGAUCAGUUAUGACAUAGACAAGAACUUUUCGCCGUCGUAUGAUCCCAAAUGGCCUCAGGCAGCAUCUCCGUGGCUCAGAAGCAACCCAAUCGGUCUCAGAAACACUUUAAAUUGGCUAAAAGACCGUUAUGGCGGCCCCAGAAUAUUUAUUACGGAAAACGGUUGGUCUGAAAAGCAAGGGAUUUUAAAUGAUACGGCUAGGGUCGAUUAUAUCAAGGGUCAUUUGUGUAACGUUUUAAGGGCCUCCCGUAUGGAUAACGUUAACGUUAUUGGAUACUUUUAUUGGUCCUUGCUGAAUAGUUAUGAAUGGACCGCCGGGUAUACGGAAUUGUUUGGUUUGGUUGAAGUGGAUUUCCAGAAUCCCGACAGAACAAGGACCCCCAAGGAGUCUUAUUAUUAUUAUAAGAAUGUCGCGGAGACUAACUGCCUGGACUAUUGUCCUUUUAGAUGAAAAGUUGCACUGAAGUGUUUAAUAAAAAUGCUCGAGUACUUCAAGGAA